CCGGGCCGGGGCGGCAGGUGCGCGGGGCGCGGGGAUGCGGACGCCGGCGGUGAUGACGCUGGGCCUGGUGCUCGCGCCCUGCGGGCUGCUGCUCAACCUGACGGCCACGCUGACGCCCGGCUGGCGGCUGGUGAAGGGCUUCGUCGACCAGCCGGUGGACGUGGAGCUGUACCAGGGCCUGUGGGACCUGUGCCGCGAGCAGAGCAGCCGCGAGCGCCAGUGCGGCCAGCCCGACCGCUGGGGCUACCUGGAGGCGGCGCCGGUGCGCGCCGCGCGGGCCCUCAUGCUCUCGUCGCUGGCCGCCGCGGCCCUGGGGCUGCUGCUGGCGGCGCUCGGCGUGCGCUGCUGGCGGGAGGAGCCGCGCUCGGCGCUGGCCGGCCUCUCGGGCGUGGCGCUGGGCGCCGCCGGCCUGCUCGGGCUCGCGCCGGUGUCCUGGUACACCCACCGCCUGGCGGACCGCGCCGUCCUGCCCGCCGACGCCAGCCCGGCCACGGUGCACGCCGGCUACAGCCUGGUGCUGGGCUACCUGGGCAGCUGCCUGCUGCUGCUGGGCGGCUCCUCGCUGGCGCUCAGCCUCGCGCCCGUGUGCGCCGAGCUCCGCCGCCGCCGCCGCAAGCAGCCCCCCGGGGCCGCGCGGCGCGGCGGCGGCAGCAUCAGCACCAUCGGCAGCAUCAGCACCGUGCACGUCGACUGGCCCGGCCCGCACCUGCCCCGCCGGCCCGGAGCCGGCUUCCCCAUGCCGCGCCCGCCGCCCGCCGCCGCCCCGCCGCCCUGCGACUCCGACCUGUAGUCGGACCCCGGACGCGUGCCCGUAACCGCUUUGGAGGCUGAUCCCCGCCUGGGGCCACGCGAGGCUGCUCGGACGGGACGCUCGGGUCAGGUUGGCUUUGGGGUUUCCCUCCUGUCGAGUUUAGUUUCCUUCCCCAGAGGGGAUGAGGAUCCUCGGGGGACGAGCUUCUCAUCCUUGAAGCCGGAGGACGUCUGGAAAAAGGGCUCCUUUGUGCACCGUGUGGACGCGAUGACCAGAAGUCCAAGUCAGCAGCAGAGGUUCAGAGACCCUUGUAGCACCUGCAGACACUAUCCGGAAAUGCCACUGAACUUUACACCACCCCCCCGCCACCCCCUGCCACCCCGCUGUAUAAUUUAUUUGCCUGCAAACUCUCAAGAGACCAGUAUACUGGCUAUGUUUGAUUGAAGCUCGUAAAAUAAACUUAGAGCCGCACGAAUACCAGCAGCUUUUGUGGAGUAACUUGAUGGACUCAUAUUCACAUUUCUUCAAGUAUACAUAGGAUUUGCCUCUAUCUAUUUUUUGUGUGAAAGUCGAGGUCAUUGAAGUUUCUCUCCUAGGAGCCAGGUGGGUUUGAACAGACGAACCCUAUGCUGCCCUGUGCCUUGGCUACCUCACGCUGGACGUAGAGGACCAUAAAUAGUUGGUACAGAACGGAACCGUUCACUGCAUUGAGUUAAAGAACAUGGGCCUAGGGGAUCCCUGGGUGGCUCAGCGGUUUAGCGCCUGCUUUUGGCCGAGUGCGCGAUCCUGGGGUCCCAGGGUCGAGUCCCACAUUGGGCUCCUGGUAUGGAGCCUGCUUAUCUCUCUGCCUGUGUCUCUGCCUCUCUCUCUCUGUGUCUAUCAUAAACAACAACAACAAAAAUCUUUAAGGAACAUGGGCAUAGACCUCUUGUUUAUAAAUAAAAGCUGAACACAGAGUUUCAGUAUACACACAAAA